AUGAAUUCAAGGUCCUUGGAGGAUGAAUACGACCUUUACGCGGUGGACAGGACCUUCGUCCUGUCACUGUUUCACGGCUUCUGCACGGCGGUGCCGCCGGAUGCGCGAAAGCAGCUUGCCACCACCGAGGUGGACGCUGUGCAGUACGUGAUGAUCCUGCGGCCCAGGCUGACGAGCUUCACUCACCGCUGCAACAUAUCUCUGCGCCACCCGGCCGUGUCGAUGGCGGCGCGGCUGUACUACAACAAUCAGCGCGCCGCCCUUCAGGAGGAGGGAGGACAGUCUGGUGAUUGCAUGACAGGGGUCACAUCCAUGCUUGGGAGCACCACGACAUCGCGUGGGAGUGUGCUGGGGCGACGCAGCUCGCGGCGUGCAUCGUGGGUGGGCUCUAUCGAAGGCUCCACGAAGUCCAUCACACUGCAGCAGCUGACGCGAAACAACUGGGAGCUGUUGGCAUCCUGCCACGAUGUCAUGCUUCGGAAUUCGAAACCCCGUCGCAUUGCGUUGCGUGCUAUCGCUUCGAACGAAUUUGUGAAUGAUGUUAUUUGCCGCUACUGGGAGCGCAUCACAGUGCCCCCGGGGGAAGUCGAGUUAAACCCUCGCUUUUACUUUGGCCGCAGUAGCUCUUCCAUCUCCACUGGUGUGGUGAGCAGCAGUCUGACGUACGCCACACGGAUGACCGCCUCGCAGUACGUCUACCUGCACCUUCGCAUUGCGGGUAUUUUGCUUCCGCCAUCCUCGCUGCAGGCGGAGAUUCUGGACUCUAUUAUUUUGGACCUUCGCAAGGAUGCAACGCUGAGCCAGAGCAACGCCGGGUUGUUGUUUGGACGGGCACCGGAGUUGUACGGCAACAGGGUCAACGAGGAUACCAUCGUGGAUGAUUUGGUGGGCCUGGAGGCAUCUACCAGCAGCGUCUACUGCCGAGGCGAAGACACCCUUGCACAGCUGGCGGAGAUCGCGGGGAAGUCAAAGGUAGCCCCGGACGUGAACAACUUUUCCGCAUCCCUCACCGACUUUCCAGACAUCAGCUUUGGGCAGUUCUGGCAGUCUAUGCUCGAGCUCUCGGACAACUGGACAAGCAGCUCGCAUCCGAUGGAGCACGCCGCGUUUUUGAUGGAGUUGUACUGUGAGGUGUUUGCCCAUGAGUGGGAUGACGAUGAAUUGGAUCUCCUGAAGACGCUUCGCGCCAACGUCGAGUCCCGUCAGCAGGAGGAUCUCCUUUCGAUUAUGGGAGACGAGGAGAGGAGUCUGCACAUGCUCUCCGAGUUCAACCACAUGAUGUGGUCCAUUGGCGAGUACUCCACUUCGGGGUCGGCCUACCAACCGAACAUUCCGAUCAUUUCACGGCGACCGUCCCCUGUCGCCGGCGCCAGCAGUGACGAGAGCUCUACCGCAGCCGGUUUCUCCCGUCCGGGGACAGUUGGCAAGGCGGCGGGCCACUCGCAGUCCGCACGUUCCUCGCGGUCCUCGUGGAAGUCCAAGGAGCAGAGUGGGAGGCGUGGUUCCCGGCUACAACGUGACAAACACACGUGGUCGUUUAGAGGCAGCACGGACUUGCGCCGGCGCAGCCGCAAGGGUCGUGACGAUGACAACGAAAGUGAAGUGGAAGAAACAGGCUCGAAGAGAUUGGACUGGCGGGGAAAUCGAAGGAGAGUGGGUCAUAAAGGUAAAGGCGUGGACGGUGCGGAGUUGGACUCCGUUGGCCGUGAUGAGGGCUUGGGACGGGUCGCACGACGGCGACGCAGGAAGCGCCACGGCGUCAGCGGUGUUCAGGAGGACUACGAGGAGUCUGAGGAGCUACAGGAGGAGAAGGGCAGCGAGGGGAGCCAUAAAGUUUACCUCAGCGGUGGUCGCAAGCAGUACGGGCGCAACACGUUGGAAAGGGAGGGGGAGGGGGGGAAACGCCUCUCUUGGCCGGGCUCUGACGUCGACUCCGCGUCGGUGCACUCGGGCGAUUUGACGGAGCCGCAGCUUCAGCGAACCUCCGGUAAAAAGGCCCGUCGGCGUCGGCGUCGCCAUGGCUCCGCCGGCGGCUCCCGUGAGGCUGACGAGGGGGAGGCGGGCAUUGUGGAUGCCGACGGCGCCCGUCGCAGGCAGAGACCAGGUGGGCGAAGAGACGCAGGAGAACACAAGCAGGGCGAGGGUCGGGGUAGUGGCGAGGUCUCCUGGAGCAUCGGGUCGAGCUUGGUCUAUUCGCAGCCAGACAGUGAGCUGUCGCCCGACGCGCUUGCGCGGCGGCAGCAUGAGCGGGCGAAACCACACCGAGAGCGUUUACGGCGCCGUAAGCAGCGGGAGGAAGAGCGUUACAGCCCUUUGGUGCUCAUGACAGCAGAGAUCAGUGAGAGGCGUGAUAGAAUUGUGCGAAAUCUGCAAUCAAAGGGUAUCAUCAUUAGUGGGGACAUCCUCUCAGACGAGGAUGUCUUGCAACUUGGCGAAAACUCCUUUAAUGAGGUGCUGCUGCGGCGAUUGCUGGAGGGGGCUGGCUACGCGACCGGGGAUAUGACUGACUCCGACUUUUUCCAUAUAUUGUUUGGGGACCAGGAGCUGCCGCGGGCCGCGGUGAGUGCUGCAGCGCAAGGGCGUGUUCUUGACGUACUGCGCGCCCAGCCGCAGCGGCGGCCGCCAGAGACGGCGUACGCACGCCACCGCCGCGAGCAGCAGGAGAAACUUCUGCGCGAGCAAGCGAGGGCCGCCGCCAUUGCUGCUGCAAAGGCGCGACGUGACGAACACCGUCGUGCCCGCGAGGAUGCCGAAAUAUCGGGAACACUCUCGUCGAGUUUGUCGGAGAGCGUGGAGUCCACGGGAUUUGAACGUGUGCCCGCUGCACGGCCCCUUCCUCCGCAGCGCGGCACAGGAUUGCUGCCCGUGGUGCAUCCAACAGAGCCACCGGGAGCCGAGUUAUUCGAGGGGUUUUGGCCGCCCUUCGUGCGGCGUGGGACACAGCGACCUUCAAGGGGGGGCCUGCCCACGUACCGGGGGGGGUUGGCCGUGGACGACGUGCUCCUGGAGGUGUCGCCCCACUUUAUGAAGGAGAAGCCGGCGAGUGAAGCGCUAGGUGGGGAGUUGCACGAGCACUCACCGGCGCGGUUGGCGUUGUUCUACCGCGACAUUAGCCUCUACCAGACCAUCAGGGGACGCGCCCCGCUGGCGCAUCCGACCUCCAUCCUUGGCGGCACGUACCAUCAGCUGCCCUCGAUCCAGCUGCCGCGGCACAAGAGCCGGCGGGAGACGCGGGAGGCCUCCUCCUCGCCGCCGCCGCCGCCGCCGCCACCCCGGUAUGCGCCUGUCAAACUGUUUUCACUCACGACGAAAACGUCUUUUGCCGAGGCGCUUCGCGAGAGUCUGCAGCGCUACGUCGACGACAAGGAGUACCUGGAGAGCAUCUACAGGAGUUCUAUGAAGUGA